UUGAAUAAAUUAUACUACUCUUAUUGUAUCGUUGCUAAAAACUCUCAGAGAAAUACAUGAUUGGUUCAAGCUCAGUACAUAAUUAGCAUCGGUUAUUCAACAUGACCGUUUCGUGAAGAACACUAAGGGAUACAUUACUGCAAGACGAGAUAAAUCUCAAGUGCGCUACAGUUUACCCUAUUUUACCACUAAUAGUCGUACUUCAGUUGCGUGAGUGGCGGCUCUUCACCACACAACAACACACAGCCAAUGGCGGCAACACAAUGUCGCAAAGUGAGCUGAACUGAGAAUGUUUUUGUGCAUAUGUUUGAGAGCUUUAUCGUACGCGAUAGUCAUUGAAUCUUAGUGAUACACCAUGAUAUUUCUUAUACUAACCCUACUGUUAGUGACGUCAGCCCAUUGCGGUCCGGAAGAAAACGAAGGUGUCAGGUAUGCAAGUAACUGUGAGGCUUGUAAGAUUCUCGCUACCGAAUUGGAAGCACGACUCUCGGAAACCGGUCGAUCUCAUGAUGUGAUACAGACUGGCUACUCACUGGAUGAUGAGAAAUCGAAGAAACGCACCGAGUACCGCCGCAGUGAACUGCGACUUUUGGAGUCGAUGGAAAAUGUUUGCGACCGCAUUCUGGAGUACAACAUCCACAAAGAGCGAAAGGAUAGUACGAGAUUUGCGAAAGGCAUGUCACAGACCUUUCAAACCUUGCAUGCUUUGGUAGAUAAAGGGGUUAAGGUGGAUCUUGGCAUUCCUCACGAGCUGUGGGACAAACCAUCGGCCGAGAUUACCCGAAUGAAAACGCAAUGCGAAACGAUGGUCGAAAGAUAUGAAGGUGUAAUUGAAAAGUGGUAUUUCCACGAGCAGAAUCAGAUUCCGCUAAUAAAAUAUCUGUGCGAAAACGAAGUGUUAAAAGGUCGGAAUAGCGAAUGUCUUUAUGAAACUUUUAAAGACCCGAAAAUAGACAACGAAGCCAAAAAUAAACCAAUGAGAACUGAGGAGUUAUAAAAAAUAAAAUAAUAAAACCAACUUUUCGAUUCAAAA